AUGCAUGCCCUUGCAAUUCUCGGCGUUCUGACAGACCAUUCCUCUGCAAUCAACCCGACAAGCAGACACACUGGACGUGGCCAUCGACAUCCACAGCUUCGCCAGGGGUCGGGAGGCAAUGGCUCUGCUGCAGGAUUGACCGAGAUCAUCCCUCCUCCCCCUGUCUUGUCAGGCCCAAUAUCCAGCUCAACAGCGGCACUCCAUGAUACCAUACUACCCGCAUCGGCCACUGCUAUAACCCUCCCUAGCGUGUCAUCCUACACAUUUCCAUCGACAGUGACUCAGGUGGCAUUUGCAACAAUUUGUCUCGAUACACCCUCUUCCUCAGCAAUCUUUUCAAUAUUGCCCACUGAUUCCGCUUCCUCCCUUACGACCAGCACAGCAACGAGCCAUCGAUCGAUCGAAACGAGUGUCCUGCCAGUUUUAGUCAAUGCCACAAUGGUACUCUCGAACGGCAGUAGUGUCACAUUCCUGUCCCUCAGCACAACCACGACCACGGUCACUUCAGAUCCUUCCGGAGCAUUGAUCCAGCCUACGGAACAGCCCUCUGUCGAAAUAGCACGGAUAGUACUUGAUGCCAACGGCUGCCAGACUGUCUACACUGAAACUACUGCACCCGCGUGUGCCACGACUCUACGUCUGCCAGGGAUGCUCCCAGCGCCCAUCACAGACUGCGAUCAGUCGGUGACUUUCUCUUCUCAAAGCCUGGGAGAUUGCUCUGACACCUUGUGGAUUGCAUCACAAGCGUAUCAAUUUUCUACUCUGGAAACUCCCGCCUCAACAGUAUCAUCAUCCCCAGCGUCAACCCAGAUCACCGGUCCAAUGGCAUACUACGUAGCUCACUGGUACGAACUGAUUCAAGGACCUGUGCCUGAGGUUGUGAAGAUUGAGAACUGUAUCCCGCAGUCGGCCAGCGGACACCUAUGUCAAACAUCAAGCGAACAAUGGAGCGUGGUGUACGACACAGAAGUCGUCACCACGAGUAGCCUGACAAGUUUUCGAGAAUUUAACCCGAAUCCCGCUGACCAACAUCCCGUGAAGCCGGCCGCCUUGACAUCGUCUACUAAGACGUUAAGCACAUACCUUGACUUCCUCACAGCGAUCACCGUCUACCAAACAAUCACCAGGUCGAGCAUUUGCCGUAUGCGCAUUGCCACAGAAAAUUUCAGCUCAACGCCACAGCGAACAGUCACGGUAGUGGUCUCAACUCCCACUAUACGAACUCUACUGUUGGAAGAGGUUGCAAAAGAGACUGAUACGACUGUGACGGAGAGAAUCACGAUUGUGGAGACGAGUACAGUCCAGAUCACUGAGACCAGGACGAAAAACAUUGGCAGCGCAUCUCCGGGCUUGGGUAUUGGAGAUGACCUUGAUAAAUAG